GACCACACCGUGGACUGGCCGGGUUCCAACCUAUGCGGUUCCGCCAGAGGCAUCGGGUCCCGGUGCGAGACCUGCGCAGGCAGCGCUGCCGCCUGCAAACCGCAGAAGUGCAUGUGUGCUACCGCGACCAGAGCUGCUUUCCGCUCGCGAGGCUGUGCCCAAUGGAAGCACAAAUACGGCACCUGCUGCUGGUCUUGGAUCCGGGCCUCCUCGAUUAGAACCUGGAGUUCCUGCGACAGACGAAGCUGGCAUGCUGAUCAUCCCCAGUGUGCGGCCGAUGAACUCAUCAGCACCGGCAGAUGCGACACUGUUAUCGGUGUGGCCUGGCUUGGAAGACGAUGAUGCGGAUUUCCGCGAUGAGCGGUCCGCAAAGCCACAGGGGAGCUUACCCAAGAGUCGUGGGCAGCUUACGACCGACGAGCGGCUAGCCUAUCGUGAGCUGCAGUUUGUUGAGCACCUGGGUUCUGGCGAGUUCGGGCAGGUUUUCCGUGGAUUCUUCAAAGGGCAGGAGGUUGCCAUCAAGCAGCUCUACUGGGACAACACGGUCCUGCCACAGGUGAUCAUCCAGGACCUCACUCGCGAAAUCGAGUCGUUUAGGCAUUUGCGCCACAAGCGCCUUGUGAACUUCAUCGGUGCGUGUUUGGAAAUACCCAACUUGUGCAUCGUCACAGAGUAUGCUCCCGGCGGGUCCCUUCAUCACCUCCUGCAUGUUCGCAAACUGCAGCUCCCGCUGCUCCACUGCACGAAUAUGUGCCUUCAGCUGGCAGAAGGAGUCGUCUACCUCCACUCGCAGAACCCUAUCGUCGUACACCGCGACCUGAAGAGCUUGAACGUUGUCCUGGACCUCAGCCUGAACCUGAAGCUCUGUGACUUCGGACUGACCGAGUCGAUGGAAAGGACGCACAUCACGAAGAAGAACAAUGGCGGGUCGCCUCGCUACAUGGCUCCCGAGUUCUUUGGCUCGAGAAAGCUCACUGGGAAGAGACAAGCUAAGCUGUGUAUGGAGCGAUAUCAUCCCCCUUGCGGCAGAUGA